AUGGCGUCCAGCUCAGAAUCGCCUCUGGCCUUCUUGGGGAACAACCCCAUUGUUUCCAGCGCAUCAGAUGUCCUGAGGUCAUUCUCCGAGCGUCGCGAUAAGUUGGGCUUGUCCAAUCCCGGCACUGUUGAGAAUAUCUCGAGGGAGGUUCAGCGCGAUGUCUUCCUCAACAACCUGAUGUUUACGGGCAUCCGGGCCGACCUCACCAAAGCCUUCAGCCUCUCUCCCCUGUUCCAGGUCUCCCAUCAGUUUGCGAUGGGCGAGCGUCUGAACCCUUACACUUUUGCCGCCCUUUACGGAACCAGCAAGGUAUUUUUGCAGGGCAAUGUGGACAAUGAGGGCCAGCUAUCCACAAGAUUCAACUACCGAUGGGGCCCCUCAACAGUCACACGAACACAAUUCCAGAUCGCCCCCGGUGGCUCAGGUCAGGACAUGGCCCAGAUUGAACACGAAUAUACUGGAAAGGACUUCACUGCCUCCCUCAAGGCCCUGAAUCCCUCUUACCUGGAGGGUGGCCUCACUGGUAUCUUCAUCGGCAGCUAUCUUCAAUCCGUCACCCCGAAGCUGGCGCUGGGACUGGAGGGUGUCUGGCAGCGCGCAGGUCUCACCCAAGGCCCCGAGACUGCCGUCUCCUACGUUGCUCGAUACAAGUCGGACGACUGGGUUGCCACUGCCCAGCUGCAGGCGCAGGGCGCCCUCAACACGUCGUACUGGAGACGGCUUUCCGAGAAGGUACAGGCCGGCGUUGACAUGACCUUGUCGCUCAUCCCUGGUGCGCAAGGGAUGCUCGGUGGGGGAUUCCAAAAGGAGGGUAUUACGACGUUUGGCGCGAAAUAUGACUUCCGGAUGUCGACUUUCCGAGCGCAGAUCGACUCCAAGGGCAAGCUCAGCUGCCUCCUCGAGAAGCGAGUCGCUGCACCUGUCACCCUGACCUUCGGUGCUGACGUGGACCAUUUUACCCAAACAUCCAAGAUCGGAGUUGGUAUUUCCAUCGAGGCUGGCGGGGAAGAGCUCCAUGAGCAACAGGAGGCAUUUGGCGCGCAGCCAUCUCCCAACAUCCCGUUCUAA